AUGCUCAGAGAAAACUUCUUGUCCUCGUUGGCAAACUUAGUUAUGUGGAAUGAAUUGAAAUCUAUGCAAAAGUUCUCGAAAGAAAUGUUAAUUAAUAAACUUUUGUUUAUUAUACAAUUACCAACGUAUUAUGAGAACGGCACCAUUUGGUGUAAUCAUAAAUGUGUUUGUUGUAUGCAACACAAUGAAGAAAAAUCAAUAAAUAAUCAAUCAAGUAAAGACAACAAAGAGUUGUGGAAUAAAGGAAAGUUGUUGCAUUAA